GUUCUCGCACCUGAUAAUUAUGCUCGCCAAUUCAACACGGGGCUUUCUCUGGUCGGAUGUCGAAACCAGAACCUUGCUGAAUAUCUGGGGGGAGCGGGACAUCCAGACGGCUUUGGGCGGAAACUUCCGAAACAGUCAUGUCUACCGCGACGUCGCCCGAAGGUUGGGAAUUAUGGGGUUCGAAAGAACCCCAGAGCAGUGUAGGGUGCGAAUCAAAAGCCUGAAAAGGCAGUUUAUCCUGGCCAAGGAGGGCAACCUGAGGAACGACGGACAAUACCAAAAAAUCUGCAAGUUCUACGAUGCCAUGGAGACGAUACUAAACUGCCGUCCCCAGAUUGACCCCCAGGAGUUAGACAGUGGGGCCGUGGGGGAUGAGACUGAGGAGGAAGUGGACACAGACCCUCCACAGGACCCAUACUUGGAGAGCACAGGGGAAAGCUCCUACCCAGAAACCCAAGUGAAGCUCGAAUACCCUCCCAUCCCUUUGACAGUGGGAAAUAGCACUACAGUCAGACAGAUCAGCAGCCAGUCAGCUGGUGGGCCAUCCUCCAAGCGGCCCAAGAAGCGGCACGCCGACCUGGCCCUGGACAGUGUGACGAAGCGCCUCCUGGAGCAAAGUGCCGAGGCUGAGCAGAGCUUAUACCAGAUGGAGGAGCAGCGUCUGCAGGCCGAGGACCACCGGCGAGAAGCCAAACAUGCCCGUCAGCUCCACAUGCUCCAGGUGUUGGGACAGAUGUUUUCCAGCAUCGCCACCAGGAACGCUGUCGCCACAGCUACCCCAAACACAGCAAUGCCACCUGCUCUGAAUACCAUGGAGUCCACCAUGCAGCCAGGUGUGCCCAUGUCCGCCUCUGGCCAAAUGAGGCGUGGUCGGUCGAGUCACCGCCGAGUCCGCUCGCCCCAGUCCCAGGCUGAGUGGCCCAGCUACCACAGUCAACCACAGUCCAACGCAGGUUUAGUCCUCGAGCGCUCCUUCUCCCUUGGGACAGCAGCACGCCGAGGAAUGGAUGAUAUCCUUCCACUGGUGAAGAAUAUAGUCCCUCAGCUGACGUCUAAAAAGCACAAAGGUCAAGAUGGGAGGAUUGGGAUUAUUGGGGGAUGUCAGGAGUAUACAGGAGCUCCGUACUUUGCUGCUAUCUCAGCAUUGAAAGUGGGGGCCGAUGUGUCACACGUAUUCUGCACUAAAGCUGCAGCGACGGUGAUCAAAUCCUACAGUCCGGAGCUCAUAGUUCAUCCUGUGCUGGACAGCCCCAAUGCAGUGGAGGAGAUCGAGAAAUGGCUCCCCAGACUUCACUGCCUGGUGGUGGGCCCGGGGCUGGGCAGAGAUGAAAUGCUGCUGAAAACCGCCAAGGAAGUAAUUGAGAAGUCCAAAGCAAGAGAUACCCCUAUAGUUAUUGAUGCAGACGGGCUGUGGCUGGUUGCUCAGCAACCUUCGGUCAUCCAAGGGUACAAGAAGGGCAUCCUCACUCCCAACUACAUGGAAUUCACCCGGUUGUAUGAGGCUAUGGUAAGUCUGCCAGUUCAGCUCUGUGUGUGUUGUGUGUUUAUCAUUAUCCUACUGUCUGUCUGUCUUAUUCAGCACCAUGAGCCUCUGGAUAGCAGUGACCAUCAGAGGAGUGCCAUGGAGCUCAGUGUUGCCAUGGGCAACCUGACUGUGGUGCUCAAGGGGGAGGACGACCUUAUCACUGACGGCAACAAGGUGAUCUUGUGCAGACAGGAGGGCAGCGGGUGUAGGUGUGGGGGACAAGGUGACCUCCUAUCUGGCUCUCUGGGAGUGCUGGCACACUGGGCAUAUACCUCCUCAGCAGACAUGACCAAAAGUGUGAACCCAUCAGUGGUGGCAGCGUUCGGGGCCUGUUCUCUGACCAGACAGUGUAACAGACAGGCCUUUCACAAACAUUGGCGAGCCACCACCACCACAGACAUGAUCCAGGAGAUCAGCUCCGCCUUCAAAAAACUAUUUGAGAGCUGAGAACGGUCUACAGGGGUCCAAGAUACUCACAUACACUUACAUACAUGCAUACAUACUGUACAUAGACAUAACAACACACUCUUCCAUGGGAAUCCUGAGAAUCCAUUCUCUAUCUUUACUGUCAUCCAUAAUAGAAUCUUAGUGACAGUAUGGCACCGGUGUGGUCUCCUGUUUUUGUCAUAAACAUAUUUUACAUUGUAAAUAUUAAAAUGUUGUUUGAAAGUUAACUUCUUUGUUCUGUCUUCUACCUCCCUCACAGUGUUGCACAGAGUUAGAUUAUCUUGGAUCAAUGAUAACUGUCAGCUCAAACAGUGCGAAAUGCCUGCGAUGGAGAGAAACUUUGUUUACAUUUUAAAUAAUUGCCAUUCUGUCAUACUGCCACCAGAGGGCACAUGCAUUGUAUUUACGAUAUGGCGGGUUAUCGCCUUCAUAACAUCAGAGCAAAACUCUGGACUGUAUCAAGCUAAAAUGUAACAUCAACAUGUCAGGCAUCAACCAUUUUCACAAGAUCUGCAUAAUUGUAAACUAAAUGCAUUAAAACAAUAGACUUAAAAA